AUGAAGUUUGUUAAUGGUGACAACAAGAGAAAGCUAAAACGCAAGAUGGAGGAAAUAUCAAAACCUCAUUCUUGUGCAGCUGAUUCAGAGGUGUCACUAUCUCUAACUCUAAGUCUAGGAGAACGUAGAUCUUCUUUUCCAUUCAAAUCCCUUAAAAGGGAAUACCCAUGCAAGUUUUGCAACAAGAAAUUUUUAAGUUCUCAAGCCUUAGGAGGACACCAACAUGCACAUAGACAUGAAAGGAUGCUAUCAAGAAUAGACAAAUUAGAGUUUCAAAUGGAAACUCUUGGACUACUUUCUUCUCAUCAAGUGUAUCCAUACUCAUCCAUUUCAAAUCUUCAUCAAUAUGAAAUUGACUCACCCUUUUUUCAUCAUCACAUGCAUCGCCCUAAUAUGGCUCCAUCGUGGACUCAAUUUGUUGCACCUGUAGGAUAUGCUAAUCCUUCAUUUGGUGUUGCUGGUCUUGGCAGUGCUGUCCUAAUGAAAAAUAACAAUAUUCACUAUGAUAGGAAUAACUAUCAAACUUCAUCUUCACUCCCUGAUUUAUCUCUCACCCUCUAG